AUAGCUGUAAGUAAAAUACUGAUAAUUUCAUAUUUCACAGAUGUGAACUGGGGAUCAUCAACUCAAGCUUUGACUUACUUGAAUGCAUUACAGCAUUCUAUUCGUCUUUCAGGAGUGGAAGAUCAUGUGAAAAACUUCAGGCCACAGUGCUUAAUUAUGACAGGUGCCCCAAAUGCACGUCCAGCUUUACUUCACCUUGUCCAUGCUUUUACCAAAAAUGUGGGCUUAAUGAUCUGCGGCCAUGUACAUAUGGGUCCUCGGAGGCAAGCCAUGAAGGAGCUGUCAACUGAUUUGGCCAAAUACCAGCGAUGGCUAAUUAAAAACAAAAUGAAGGCUUUCUAUGCUCCAGUGCAUGCAGAGGAUUUGAGGGAUGGUGGACAGUACUUAAUGCAGGCUGCUGGAUUGGGUAGAAUGAGACCUAACACUCUUGUUGUUGGAUUUAAGAAAAAUUGGCGACAAAGUGACAUGAGAGAUGUUGAAACCUACAUUAAUUUAUUCCAUGAUGCCUUUGACAUUCAAUAUGGUGUGGUUGUCAUCCGCCUAAAGGAGGGCUUAGACAUUUCUCACCUUCAGGGGCAAGAAGAAUUACUGUCAUCCCAAGAAAAAUCUCCAUGUUCCAAGGAUGUCGUAGUAAAGGUGGAUUAUGGCAAGAAGUCUGAGACAGACACUUCUAUAGCUUUUUUUCCAUCGUCUAGUGAGAGAACUCCUGCUGUACAUAAAGAGGAGGACGAGGAUGGAAAGACUCCAACACAACCACUGUUGAAAAAAGAUUCGAAGAGCCGAUCUUCUCCUUUAAAUUUGGCUGACCAAAGGCUUCUUGAUGCUAGUAGUCAGUUUCAGAAGAAACAGGGCAAAAGCAAUAUUGAUGUCUGGUGGCUCUUUGAUGAUGGAGGUUUGACACUGUUGAUUCCAUAUCUUAUUACAACCAAGAAAAAAUGGAAAGAGUGUAAGAUAAGAGUGUUCAUUGGUGGAAAAAUAAACAGGAUUGAUCAUGACAGAAGAGCGAUGGCUACCCUGCUCAGCAAGUUUCGGAUAGACUUCUCAGAUAUUAUGGUUCUUGGGGAUAUUAAUACUAAGCCAAAGAAAGAAAAGUAAGUCUCAGAAAAACCCAGCUUGUUUUUGAGUUCUUAAGCUAUUUCAUGAAUAGAAUAUAGAGUUGUUUCCAACAUAAUAAAUGUGAUAAAGAAGGCAGUAUGACAUCUGGUGCCUACAUAGAAAUCUAAUUUACAUAGAAAGUAAACUAAGCAAAAACUCUUGCAUCUAAGAACUGACAAUGUCUUAUUUUCCAGAUCUUGAGCACUUAGAUCGUUACAUUAAACUUGAAGUUGUCCAGUUGCUAGAAAUCUGGAAAAAUCUUCUUUUAAAAAGAGAAAUACUUGCAAAAAUGUAAAUUCUUAGUCUUAUUCGGGUGCUUAGUU